UGACAGGGGGUGCUACGGAUCUAGCUUGAUACCUCACGUUUAGUGUGUUUGACAGUUACCUAGGACGGGCGACUUCCUUCCUUUCUGACUCUGCGAGCAACUGCGCCCGCAGACACGCUAGCGCCCCGGCGCGCAGGCGCAGUAGCUCUGCUGGGACUUCCGGGAAUGUUCCCUGAGACUUUUGUGGUGCUGAGCGCACCUUCCGAGCGGACGGCGGCCGAGAGGCAGGGCGCCCUCCGGGCUUCGUGGAAGACCUCAGCAGGAAAUACCACUUUGAAUGUUGUAGCCAAGAGCAGUGUCAGGAGUGGAUGGAGGCUCUUCGCCGGGCCAGCUAUGAGUACAUGCGACAAAGCCUCAUCUUCUACAGGAAUGAGAUCAGGAAGAUGACAGGCAAGGACCCCUUGGAGCAGUUUGGCAUCUCUGAGGAGGCCAGGUUCCAACUGAAUAGCCUGCCUAGAGACGAGCAGACUUGUACUGGCUCCCAGCUAGGUGUGUUGGACUGACCUUCCCUUGGGCCCCUGGCUGUCUUGGGAGGUGUUUUUUAAAAAAACGUCUGAUCAAAGCCAGACAUCCAGAGGAAGUGGGCAGGGGCUAUGGUCCCUGUUCCCAUGCCAUCUCUCUGCCAAUACCCUUGAGUGCCCCCACCCAGGGACUGAGCCUGGCACAGCUCCCACCCGUUACCAGGUGAAUGUAUAAUGCUAGGUAAAGCUGUGAACCCCACUCCUGCUGAUAGAGCAGGCCAUGGUGCUGGCCUCCAGUGCUGAGCCUGCUCUUUAAUAAAGGUACCUCUUUUCCAAGCCA